UGUGGAGGGAGAGCACGUGCGGUGCGGGAGCCCCGGGGGUUCAAGCGCGCGAAGCACGUAGAUCGGGGGCUGCACGGAGAGAGCGAGCAAAGAUGCGCUUAAAAACUCAGAUAAUCAGCACCAUGGAACCUCAGGUGUCAAAUGGCCCAACUACCAACACAUCCAAUGGUCCUUCCAGCAACAGUAGAAACUGUCCAUCACCAAUGCAGACAGGAGCUCCAACAGAUGACAGCAAAACCAACCUCAUAGUCAACUAUCUUCCUCAAAACAUGACACAGGAGGAAUUCAGAAGUCUCUUUGGGAGCAUUGGUGAAAUAGAAUCAUGCAAACUUGUUCGAGAUAAGAUAACAGCUGAUUUAAAAAACACUGGGCAGAGUUUGGGAUAUGGUUUUGUGAACUAUGUUGACCCAAAGGAUGCAGAAAAAGCAAUUAACACUUUAAAUGGACUUAGACUUCAGACCAAAACCAUAAAGGUUUCCUAUGCUCGUCCAAGCUCUGCAUCAAUCCGUGAUGCGAACUUGUACGUUAGCGGUCUUCCUAAAUCCAUGACUCAGAAAGAACUGGAACAGAUGUUUUCACAGUAUGGCCGAAUCAUCACUUCCAGAAUUUUAGUUGACCAGGUCACAGGUGUUUCCAGAGGAGUUGGAUUCAUUCGUUUUGAUAAAAGGAUAGAAGCAGAGGAAGCAAUCAAGGGACUCAAUGGGCAGAAGCCGUCUAGUGCUACAGAACCAAUUACUGUGAAGUUUGCCAAUAACCCCAGCCAGAAGACGAGCCAAGCGCUACUUUCACAACUUUAUCAGUCACCGAGCAGACGCUACCCUGGACCACUACAUCAUCAGGCUCAAAGAUUCCGGCUGGACAAUUUGCUUAAUAUGGCCUAUGGCGUAAAGAGGUUCUCGCCCAUCACAAUUGAUGGGAUGACCAGCCUGGUUGGAAUGAAUAUUCCUGGACACACUGGAACAGGCUGGUGUAUCUUCGUCUACAACCUUUCCCCCGACUCAGAUGAAAGCGUUCUCUGGCAGCUGUUUGGACCAUUUGGGGCAGUCAACAAUGUCAAGGUCAUUCGUGAUUUUAAUACAAACAAAUGCAAGGGAUUUGGGUUUGUCACCAUGACAAAUUAUGAUGAGGCUGCCAUGGCAAUCGCAAGUCUAAAUGGAUACCGCUUGGGCGAUAGGGUUCUGCAAGUAUCAUUUAAAACCAACAAAACCCAUAAAUCCUGAAGUGCACAUGUAGUAUCACACUCGCAAGAACAAAUUGAACUUGAAAAGGCUUAUACUAAAAAUGGACUUCAUAAGCCAGUGUUGCCUAAGUAUUAACAUAGGAUAUCCUGUGAUGAACCAGGAAAGGAUUUUAUAAUGCUAGAAAACUUUGAUGCAUUGAAUGUUCUUUCAUAGCCGUUGUUGUUGAAUAUAUACAUAGAUAAAAUGUGCAGGGAUUUUUACCCAGCCUGCUACUUUACUACCUUCUUUGAAGGUGGACCUUUUUAAGUCACCCAUUCACGUUGAAAGAAAAAAAAUUAAGAAAAAUUUGAGAACAUAACAUUUUUACAAAAAUACUUUUCAAAAUAAUUCAUCCAAAUUGAUUGUUUAAAAGGCCCCCCUCUUCAUUGGAGAAAAAGAUCUGCUAAACCGCUGUUGCAGAUGUUUUAGUUAUUCCUUUUGCUUUAUAUCAUGUAAACAAGAUAUUUCCUGGUUCGGAAAGGGGGAGGGGGGGCGGGGGGGACACCUGAUGACAUGACUUAACAAACAAUGUUGCCAAAGAGAUGGUCUCUUUGCUGAAAAUGGGUUUCAAAAGAUCUAUUUUUAUAAAAAGGAGCAUUUUUACAGGAUCUGGAUUUGAAAAAAAUAUUUUGACUGGCUAAUAUGGGGGAAAAAGGACAACUUUGUCACGUUCAUACUGUACUGGUACUUUUUAGGAUCAAGAUGUGCGUUUUAAUUGGGCUGUAGAUUGUUUUUUUGAACGAUGGGAAAAAACAGAUGAUGUUCAUAUCUUUCAUAGCAUGUAAUAAUGGGGAGAGUAGUUUCCCCAGGCACACAGUUCCCCACAGUCAAAACCCAAAAGCAAGGAGAUUAGUUGCUAGACAGUUUUUUUAAGUCAUCAGUAACAGCUGGCCAAUAUCAUAAAAUUGCUGGAUUUUUUCCUAAAAUAAAUGUCAAAACUUUCUUAGUUGAAGCAGUAGGUGCUAAUGAGAUUUACAUAUCUUAAACUUAACUCGAAACAUAUGAACAACAUUACUUGCUUUAUCAGAAUUGACAUUACUUGUUUGUGUUGAAUUUGUUAAGAUUUUGAUUCCACUUUAGACCUUGAUAUUCCAUUUUGGUAAAUGGCACAUUACCAAUGUUUAAUUGCUUGGACCACUAUUUAUUUUAUUGCUGAUGUGAUGCAUAUUGCCAAAUUGAAUUUAACUAGUUAGUUUAUUUUGAUCUAUGGGAAGAUGCACUCUUAGUUUGUGUCCCUUUGUUAUGUAUAUAAAGAUCGAUUUGUUUUCAUUAUUUAUAAGUUGUAGUAACUUGCUAGUUUUUGUUAAUAUAGCAAACAUGGUUCCAGGUGAUACUAAGUGAAACUUAAGUAUCUAAAUAUUUACUUGUGCAGAAAUAACAAAAUAUUGUUUAAUAUAUUGUCAUGUUGGUUGUGAAUAUUCUUUCUUCAUAUUAGGAAUGGACAAAUUGCUUUUGUUUUCCACGAUGCAGAUAGGAAAACUGAGCUAAGGGAACAAAAUGGCUGAGGGAGAGCUCUCCUUGUUCCAAUGCACUGAUAACUUUAGUAUGUUGUGCUUUGUAAGAAUAAAAGGGUCAUGCUCUUCCCUGGGUACUAGAAGAAGUUACUCGCUAUGCAUAAUAUAGUUGAUAGUUAAAUUUGCUAUUGCUUUUGUCUCGUUAAUAAACCUUUUCAAUAAAGUUGAGUCUUAAUAGUACCGUUGUUAUGGUUAAAUUGUGCUUAUUUCGUGCAUUUUUUCCAUGCUAAACCCACUAACUGCAUGUAAUGGAAAUAGUUUUAAGUUGAAGGUGGACUUGUAGUAAGCAAGUACGUAAGAAUGCAUCAUAUAACUUAUCACUUUAAAAUUGCUAGACUAAAAUUAAAUAAAACCCUCAUGCAAUGUUCAGGGAUUAUAUAAUGUAUCAUCUGCUGUGAAUGAGCUGAAUUGCUGGAAGAGUUUUGCUGCAUUUACCAAGCAUUAGUGGGGAAGGCAUGUAAAAUUUUCUCUACAAUGUGUUUGUUUAAUUGGAACAUUUCUAGGACCAGGCAGUUGAAUACACUUCAAUAAUUAUGAAUGACUUAAUGUUAACCUAGCUAGUUUAGAUUAUUUCUUGAAACUGCUGUAAAUGUUUUUUUCAUAAAACUGUUGUGUUGAAUUAUUUGUACUUUUAAUGUCAAACAAUAAACUGAAGUGUGCA